AGGGCAACUCCUGGCCUGGGGGCGUUAAAUUAGAGAUAGGGUUGUGCUGUUCGGUGGGCGAGCGCUGGCACUGGUUACCGAAGCCGGGGACUGAUAAGGACAGCCGAGCGUUGCGGACUGCCAAGGGCUGUCGAAGCGCCUAGACUUGCCAAGGGCUGCCGGGGACAGCUAAGCGUUGCCAAGGGCCGCCAAGCGCUGCCAAGGUGCCGAGCGUUGCAUAGGACUGGCAAGAACUGCCGAGCGGCGCCGAGCGUUGCCGAAGACCGACAAGCCAGCGGAUUGCCGCCGCCGAGGGGCUGACUAGGAGAGACGGUAGCCCGGCCGCGCCAUGGGUCCCGUGGUGGAGCGGCCGGCCGAGCCAGGCACGAGCAGCCCCGAGGAGCUGGAGCUACUGAAGCGCCGCGCGGCCGAGCGCAUUGACGAGGCAGCCGAGCGCCUGGGCGCGCUGAGCCGCGCUAUCUGGAGCGCGCCCGAGCUGGCCUACGGAGAGCACCGCGCGCACGGCGAGCUCACGCGCUUCUUCGAGCGCGAGCCGCCUGCCGCCUCCUGGGCGGUGCAGCCGCACUUCGGGCUCCCCACCGCCUUCCGUGCCGAGUGGGCGCCGCCGGAGGCCGCGGCCGAGCCCCGCGCGCUGCAGCUGGCCUUCCUGUGCGAGUACGACGCGCUGCCAGCCCUGGGCCACGCCUGCGGCCACAACCUCAUCGCCGAGGUCGGGGCGGCUGCGGCGCUCGGCCUGCGGGCUGCGUUGGAGAGCGUCGCGGCGCCGCCGCCGGUCAAGGUAAUUGUCCUGGGAACCCCUGCAGAAGAAGAUGGCGGUGGCAAAAUUGAUCUAAUUGAAGCAGGUGCUUUUGAAAACCUUGAUGUUGUUUUUAUGGCUCAUCCGUCUCAAGAGAAUGCUGCCUAUCUCCUGGAUGUGGCCGAGCACGAUGUGACUGUGAAAUACUACGGAAAAGCAUCUCACGCUGCUGCUUACCCUUGGGAGGGUGUGAACGCCUUGGACGCUGCAGUUCUUGCCUAUAACAACCUCUCUGCAUUAAGACAGCAGAUGAAACCAACCUGGAGAGUUCAUGGUAUAAUAAAAAAUGGUGGCAUAAAGCCCAAUAUCAUCCCCUCGUACUCUGAAUUAGUCUAUUACUUCCGUGCACCCUCAAUGAGAGAGCUUCAAGUCCUGACCAAAAAGGCAGAAGAUUCCUUCAGGGCUGCGGCUUUGGCUACAGGCUGCACAGUGGAAAUUGAAAGUGAAGGUCACGAUUACUACAAUGUCAUUCCCAAUAAGACCCUGUGCAGUGCGUAUACGGAGAAUGGGAAGAAGCUGGGAAUAGAGUUCAUCUCAGAAGAUGCAGUGUUGAAUGCCCCUUCAGGCUCUACUGAUUUUGGAAAUGUCAGUUUUGUGGUUCCUGGGAUUCAUCCGUAUUUCUACAUUGGGACUGAUGCCUUGAAUCACACGGAGCAGUACACAGAAGCUGCAGGAUCACAAGCGGCUCAGUUGUACACGCUGCGUACAGCCAAGGCCCUGGCAAUGACUGCACUGGAUGUCAUCUUUAAGCCCGAGUUGCUGGAAGGAAUCAGAAAGGAGUUUAAAUGUAAACUUGAAGAAGAGCAGCUUUUAAAUACACCAGCAUAGAAGGAAAACCUAGGGACGGCUCAGGAAACGCUAAGUUCUUUGUUUUUUUUGUUUGUUUGUUUGUUUUUUAACUUUUAUUG